CCCGGAAGCGCGGGGUAUCACGUUUCAUAGCGUGGGCCGCUGUCUUGGAAACACGGAGCGAGCUCCGUGAGGGAGCUGCGGGGCGCGCGCCCGGGGCAGUGCGGCAGGGGCAGGGGGCUGAUACCCGACAAGAUGCUGUGCACACUGAGGCUAUGCGGCCUCGGAGCCGGGGCGGCAGCUUUCCAACUGCUGCGCACCGGGCGGGGCGACCCUCUCGCCAGGAUCUGGCCCCGAGGGGUCAGCACUAGCUGGUCCCCGGUGGGCGCCGCCUUCAAUGUCAAACCUCAGGGCCGCCGCCUGGAUCUCUUCGGCGAGCGCCGGGGCCUUUUUGGAGUUCCUGAGCUCAGUGCUCCAGAAGGAUUUCAUGUUGCACAAGAAAAAGCCUUGAGAAAAACAGAAGCGCUCAUGGAGCUGGUGUGCAAGACCCCACCAGGCCCGAAGACCGUGCUCAUCUUUGAUGAGCUCUCAGAUUCUUUGUGCAAAGUGGCCGACUUGGCUGAUUUUGUGAAAAUUGCCCACCCCGACCCAGCAUUCAGAGAGGCUGCAGAAGAAGCUUGUAGAUGUAUCGGCACCAUGGUGGAAAAGUUGAACACAAAUGUGGAAUUAUAUCAAAGUUUGCAAAAAUUGCUAGCUGAUAAGAAACUAGUGGAUUCCCUUGAUCCAGAAACCAGACGAGUGGCUGAACUGUUUAUGUUUGAUUUUGAAAUCAGUGGAAUCCAUUUAGAUAAAGAAAAGCGUAAAAGAGCAGUGGACCUCAAUGUUAAAAUCUUGGAUUUGAGUAGCACAUUUCUGAUGGGAACCCACAUCCCAAACAAGAUUGGGAAGCAUCUCCUUCCAGAACACAUUCGCCACCACUUUACGCUCGAUGGCGAGCAUGUACUAGUUGACGGUCUACAUGCAGAAGCUCCGGAUGACUUGGUGCGAGAAGCUGCUUAUAAAAUUUUUCUUUAUCCCAAUGCUCGUCAGCUGAACUGUUUAGAAGAAUUACUCAGCAACAGAGACCUUCUGGCGAAGUUAGUGGGAUAUUCCACAUUUUCCCACAGGGCUCUCCAAGGAACUAUUGCCCAAAAUCCAGAGACUGUCAUGCAAUUCCUUGAGAAGCUAUCAGACAAACUUUCUGAAAGAACUGUAAGGGAUUUUGAGAUGCUACGAGGGAUGAAAAUGAAACUAAAUCCUCACAAUGCUGAAUUAAUGCCUUGGGAUCCCCCCUACUACAGUGGUGUGCUUCGUGCAGAGAGGUAUAAUAUCGAGCCCAGUUUAUAUUGCCCAUUUUUCUCCCUUGGAGCAUGCAUGGAAGGUCUGAAUGUUUUGUUCAACCAGCUCUUCGGGAUUUCAUUAUAUGCAGAGCAGCCUGCAAAAGGAGAGGUGUGGUGUGAAGAUGUUAGAAAACUGGCUGUCGUUCAUGAAGCUGAAGGAUUGUUGGGAUACAUUUACUGUGAUUUUUUUCAGCGAGCAGACAAACCACAUCAGGAUUGCCAUUUUACAAUCCGUGGAGGCAGAUUAAAGGAGAAUGGAGAUUAUCAGCUCCCAGUCGUAGUUCUUAUGCUGAAUCUUCCCCAGUCAUCACGAAGCUCACCAACCUUAUUAACUCCUGGUAUGAUGGAAAAUCUCUUCCACGAAAUGGGGCAUGCCAUGCAUUCAAUGCUCGGACGCACUCGUUACCAGCACGUCACUGGAACCAGAUGCCCCACUGACUUUGCUGAGGUUCCUUCCAUUCUGAUGGAGUACUUUGCAAAUGAUUAUCGAGUGGUUAACCAAUUUGCCAGGCAUUAUCAAACUGGGCAGCCACUGCCAAAAAAUAUGGUGUCUCGUCUUUGUGAGUCUAAAAAGGUUUGUGCUGCAGCUGAUACGCAACUUCAGGUCUUUUAUGCUACUCUGGAUCAAAUCUACCACGGGAAACAUCCCCUGAGGAGGUCAACCACAGACAUUCUUAAGGAAACACAGGAGAAAUUUUAUGGGUUACCCUACGUUCCCGACACCGCCUGGCAGCUGCGAUUCAGCCACCUUGUGGGCUAUGGUGCCAAGUAUUACUCUUACCUGAUGUCCAGGGCAGUGGCUUCCAUGGUUUGGAAAGAAUGCUUUCUGCAGGAUCCGUUUAACAGGGCCGUGGGUGAGCGCUAUCGCCGGGAGAUGCUGGCGCACGGAGGCGGCAAAGAGCCCAUGCUCAUGGUUCAAGGUAUGCUUCAGAAGUGCCCUUCCAUCGAUGACUUUGUAAGUGCCCUCGUUUCUGACUUGGAUCUGGACUUUGAAACAUUCUUCAUGGAUUCUGAAUAACGGAAACACUCUGAGUAUUUUAAAUCAAGGUCAUGUAGAUACUAACUUUGUUAUAAAUGCUACAGCUAUGAAAACUUUUUUCUGAUUUCAGUAUUCACUUCUGUAAUAACUUCUGAAAAACCCUAAACUGAUAGAACUUGGAAUAAAUAAUUUGUUUUGAUGA